CCUGACUCGGCCGACUGGAACUAGAGAACUUCCGAGAGUGUACUGUGACACAUCAAAACAUUUUAAUUCCCUCGCUGUGGUCAUUACUGCUCUAUGUACAACUACUUCAACAGUUGGCUAUGAGGGGAGACGAAGCGGAGAGUGUCCGGUUACACUUUUCAGGUCUAAAUUUAGGGAGACUACGCUGACGCAAGAUGGCUAAAAUCGGUCCUAUGAGUGACAACGGGUACAAGACACUGGAUCCAUGGAAACGUAUCCUACAACUUAGCUGUUAUUGAUGACAGGGUGUAUUUUGGGCCUUUGUUGUCAUCUUUCCGUAACACUUGGGGCUCUAGCGUUUUGUAUAAAGGCGAGUCUUCCAAAAUGCAGUUGUACAGCAGUGCGUUGACACACUAUCCCGGAUCCUCUCGCAAAGUUCCGAUAACUAUCACAAGUGGUACCAUUACUGACCAUUUGCCCAGGACAACAACGAACUCUGCAAAUAAUAAACCGAGUGGGCUUACUCCAACAGUGACCAACGGGAAUCCGGUAGGAGAGACUCAAUCUACCGCAAACAUGCCCGCUGCUUUUUCAUGUUACGAGGCUGCUUCCAUGAAGCCAGUCUACUACACUUCUACCGCAGAGAUAAUCAUUCGUCGGCCUGACGGAGUUGAGAGAUACGUACCAGUGCACAUCAUAAAGGAGACCCAGACAAAACGGCCUCCGUCGGACUCAUAUUCGCAAGAUGUUGUGAUUCAGGCGCGUGACCGAGAUGAUCAUUUGGACACAGACUUGAUUGUGGACUUCAUUGAUCACUUGAGAGGUAGAGGGGAUCUACUCAGUGAUAGUCAAAACGUGGAAUGUGAAAAUAACCUGAUAAACGUUGACAAGAACGAUGGACCAAGUUACAGAAAGUGUGGAGAGAGAAUGAACAUGGCAAAUGGGAAGGGAAAACCCGUUACAAGUGACAUUGUGAACCCAAAACGCCAUCAGAACUUAGAGGCGCAGUCGACCCAUUUAGGCCAGAAUAUCGGAAACUCCCGUGAAAGUAAAAAUGACAGUGAAUACUCAGACCUGGACUCUCCAUCAGGCGAGGCGCAGCUCUUUGAGCUCCGUGUCCUACAGGAGCCGUCUCCGCGGAGAGAUGCAAAAAGGGGCGACAUCAACGACAAGGUGACGUGCUACAUAGCGGAGGUGGAGAAACAGAACAAGUACCUUGAGGAGAGUGCACACAAGUACAGAUUCCACAUCAUCCCUGACGGCAACUGUCUGUACAGGGCGGUGUGCAAAGCCGCCUAUGGAGAGCAGUCUAUGCACAGCGAGCUGAGAGAGCAGACAAUGCACCAUAUCGCCGACCACCUGGAUGAGUUUAACCCCAUCAUUGAGGGAGAUGUCGGGGAGUUCUUGAUCAAUGCAGCUCAGGACGGCGCCUGGGCGGGCUAUCCGGAGCUUCUGGCGAUGAGUCAGAUGUUGAAUGUGAACAUUUACCUAACCACAGGAGGUAGCUUGGAGAGUCCCACGGUUUCAACCAUGGUGCACUACCUGGGGGAAGAUGAUUCGUCCAAACCCGCUGUCUGGUUGAGUUGGCUCAGCAACGGACACUAUGAUGUCUUGCUGGACAGGUGUGUGGCCAACCCAGAGUAUGAUGAGUGGUUUCAUCACUCUCAGAUGCAAAGGAAACGGGACGAAGAGCUGGCCAAGUCGAUGGCAGCAUCACUGUCUAAGAUGUACAUUGAGCAAAACGGUCACAUUUGAAACCAAUAGUUAUUCAACUGCUGCAUUCAAAUGUUAAUCAGCCUCUCUCUCUCUCUCUCUCUCUCACUCUCUCUUUCUCUUUAAA